AUGACAACUGUCAGUGAUGGUUUGAAUUUGACAGCAGCGAGACAACACGCUUCUCGCAUGUACUAUACCAAACCUAAAACCAAUCACAAAUAUUCCUUCUUUUGCACUCCAUUUACUCAAUUUGUUCAAUUGGGUAGAUCGAGUAUGUUGUAUUUAUACUUUAGUUUAAUGGCCAUCAUUUUCUUUGUGGUCUUGUCUGCCUUGCAUGCUCCUUAUUUGUAUUUUUAUUAUCAGAAAUCCAAUCCUUCCUUUUUCUUUCAAACAAGUAUGGCCAAUUUCAGUCUAGGUUCGAGUGGUGCUAUCAAUAUUGCAUUUGGUGCUAUUGAAAUUGCUAUUAGUAUCUUUUCAAUUGUCUAUUUGAGAUUUUUAUGGUGGUUUUCAAAGAGAAUGAAUGAUAAGGUAGCAAAGAGAACUAUUUCAGUUGCAGAUUAUUCUGUUCAUGUUCGUGAUUUACCAUCCACUGAGGCAGUUCAUGGCACAAAGAGACUCUACAAACACUUUUCUAAAUUUGGACAAAUUGACAACAUUGCUCUUGCUCUUGAUAGUGGUAAUUUAAGUAAAUCCAUAAAGAGAAAAGAAGAAUUAAUUAAAGAUAUUGAAAAGUGUGAUAUUGUCAUUCAGAGAGGAGGAUGCUUUUCAAACUUGAUUGAAAGAAUUAAGAGAUCUUAUUUCACACAAAUGUUGAAUUGGACAAGAAAGGAAAUUUCACAUUCUAUGAGAAAGAAGGCCUAUCGAUGCACUGGUGAUGCUUUUAUUACAUUUGUGAAUGAAAAAGCAAGAUUUCAAUGUCUUCAUGCAUUCAACAAACCUCACAUCCAGAAACUUUGUUCCAAAAAAGGAACUUAUUCAAAGAAGAGACAUCGAAUUCGAGUAGAACCAGCUCAUGAACCACAUGAUAUCAUUUGGGAAAAUUUAGAGUACUCGGUCAUCUCCAAAUAUAGUCGAAGAUCUGUAUCAUCCCUUUUCACCAUUCUAUUCUCUGCUGCAGUCGUUGCUGUUGCUGUGGUUUUAGAAGUUGUGAAAAAGGAUAAAUUUGCAGACACAAGUAUCACUGAGUGGAUCAAAAAUCCAUCUUUCCAAAAUUGGCAGAUAUUUGCAAGUAUCGGAAUGUCAAUUUUAGUUUUUAUUUUGGUUCAAAUAUUGACCUACACUCUAUACUUAUUCUCUAAUUUUGAAAAACACAGAUUCAUCUUGAAUGCCAAACAAAGCUUAAUGAUGAAAGUGACUUUUGGUUCCUUCCUCACAACGAUUGCCUAUUUAUUUGUUUAUUUACAAUCACCUACUCCAGGAACUUAUUAUUCUGAAAUUACUGACAAUAGUGUGAUUAUACCAAAAGGAGCUAUUAAUUUUGGAAGAACUUUUAUUCCCAUCAUUGUGGAGUCCUCUGCAUUUUACAGUUCCAUCUUCUUUAUAACUUGUACAAGUAUCGCUUCCAAUGCCAUCAAAGAUGCCUUACUGGUGGUCUAUCAUCACUUUUUGAAAAAGUACAAAGUGGCAACCUCUGUGACUCAAAGUGAUUUAAUGAAAGCUGUUGAACCACCAAGAUAUUCCUAUGAAUAUCGUUACUCUUAUCAACUCAAAAACAUGUUCAUUGGAAUUCUAUUUAGUGGUCUCUUUCCACUCUCUCUCAUGAUGAUCACUUUAGGUCUCAUCAUUUGUUACUUUAUUGACAAAUUUAACAUUCUCAAAGUAUACAGAGCAGAAGGCAAAGAAGUGGAUUUAUUAUCUCCAACAGCCAUUAACUUUUUAUGCUUGGCCAUGUUAUUGAGAUAUAUUUUAAUGUCCAUCACUCGAAUUUAUUUCACAAUCAGUUUGAAUUAUGAUCCAUCCACAACAAAUCAACCAGUGUUGAGUAUUAUUACACCCUAUCAUAUUUGUUUCUUUUCUGCCUUUUUAUUGUAUUUAAUCUUUGUAGUAAUUCAUUGGAUGACCACUGGAACGAAUUUCAUUCAAAAGUAUUUGUGUUGUCCACCUUUUAGAUAUCCUAAUUAUAUUACUAGAAAUGGAGAGAAACCAAUUCAUGACUAUCGACAUGGUUUUGAUAAAUAUGUUGCACCUGUGGAUAUUCGAAAUGUCAAGUAUGUGUAUCAUGGUGAAGAAUUGGAGAGUGUUGAACAAGAAAUGAAACAACAACAACGCGCGCAUCAAGCAUCUUCACAAAAGAUUGCAGCUCAGUUGUGA